AUGAGGGAGCCGGAGAUGACCCAUUCUCCUACCUACUACCAAGACCAUGGUCAACUCAUGACAACAUAUCAUCACGAUUCAACUCCCGCCGCUCCUCAUGCAGCGCAUAUACCUCCAUUUUCCUCCACAGAUCCUCGCCCCAAGCAGGGGGUUUCUGGUUACCCUCCCUCGGAACUCAAUCCAGUCGAAGAUGCCAUUUCCUCCGAUUCGUGGGAUACUUCCUAUGGACAACACCCACAGGAGCUGCACAGUCUGCCGCACCGCUACCAACAGCAGGCCCCUGUGGAAUCAAUAUACUCAGACCCUGACCCGUCGGCUGUAGCUCCAGUGACGAACGGAACGACUCGAAAAGAGGAGCGCGUCCGUGGGAGUUGGACUGAUCACUCGUCAUACAUGUCGGGCGAGAAUAAUCACCACAGCGCAACCCGCGCCCACAAACGACCGAUUCACCAAGAGGAGCCUUCGACGGAUGACAGUCAGGAUGCGCUUCUGAUGCUGCUGUGCGACCUUUUGGUGCCGCAGUUGCACAUCCACGAACGAUUGGUCUGUUUACGAGCAUCGUCCUCGUUCCGAUCGGCGUCAACCCAGUCGAUAUACAAUAAUAAUGAUGCGGAUCGAUCAUCGGGUUCCAAUUCAUGCGAAUCCUAUUCCGUUGGUGGUUUAGUCGCAGUCCUCAUUCUGUCGUCUUUCCUUUCCGUUGCAUUUCUCCUCCUUGUCUGGACGGCGGCCUUCUUUUGGGUCUUCGCGAUGGUCCUGGGUAAUCCGGAUGGCACAGAACGCAAAGAUGAUGGCCGAGCUGCUGUUCUUGGUGUCUGCAAAUGGUGGCAUAUGUGGCUUUGCAAGGCUCGAAAGCCGACCUUUUAA